GUUAGCAAUUAUUUUUACUAGCCAGAGUCCCACAGCAACAGAAGGAUUGACUUGCUGCCCAUGUGAAGCUCUGUGUGUGCUGUGGGGUUUAUGGAAACAUCUUGUGUAAAGAAUUUCAGCUGGUGAAUUUGGAUUCCACAUGCAGGCAAGAAAUGAUUUUGAGGUCACGUAAAAUCCAAGCCCGGCCUCCAAAGGAGCCCAUCACCCCCAAGAAUAAUUGUGGUAGUAGAAAGACCCUCUCCCCACAGUCUAUCAAAAGAAGGCAGCGAAGGGUACAGCUAAAAUCACCGGAAGUUUGCCAGAAAUCCUUUAAAGAUGAUGCAGUCACACUGUCUUGUAAAAAAAAUACCCCCCGUCACUUCUAUAACUUGAGGAAUGUUUACGUGGAGGAAGAUUCCCCACAAAUACAGCGAUCUGUUAGAGUGCAUUUUCAGCUGGAUGAGUCCUCUCCAGAAGAGAAACCUAUUUACGACUCGCCUGUGGUUCUCUACUCACUUCCCAUUAGCUGGUCUGAUGACUGCACUUUACUUGGACAUGUAGAAGGAAACUUGGUCUCUGUUCCAGAUCAUCAGUACUUUAGUAAUAUCCCGAAAGGUAACUCUGGAGAUCGCUUCAACCUAUACAGUUUUAUGUGUAAUGCUCAAGCAGCUUCACGCACUCUGCAUCGGAGGAAGAAGGACAUACCUUUUAAAACCCGCAGUGCUCCAGCGUACACCCUAGUCAUAGAUCUGGAUGUCCUGGUUCAGAGCUCACUCAUCCCACUUGAUGAUGCAGAUUAUACAUUUGGAACACCCUUCCAGGACACCUUCUACAAGGUGUAUUUGAAAGUGAGACCUCAUGUCAAAAACUUCCUUCAGGCUGUUAGUAAAUUAUAUGAGUUAUUUAUAUAUACAACCACAAGGAAGGAGUAUGGAGAACAAAUUGUGGAGAUCCUGGACCCACAGAAAACAUUGAUCAGGCACAGAUUAUAUCAAGACCACUGUAUGUGUGUAUCAGGUUUUUACGUGAAGGACCUGAAUGUUCUAUGGAGAGAUCUGGCCAAGACCGUUGCAAUACAAACAAUAGCUUAUACGUUACCAUACCAUCUAACCAAUAGAUUUCCAGUGCAGCACUGGACUGGAAACCAGAAAGACAAAGAGCUGCUGUCACUGCUUCCAUCACUGGAACGUCUAACCCACGUGGAUGAUGUGCGGUCGGUAAUUGCAAGCCAGUUCCACCUUGGCAAGCUGGAUGCAGAUACUUGAGCAGUGUUAUGUAUGUUUUAAAAUAUCUGUGUUGUCGAUUUUUAUUUUUUUUAAUCAUUUUAAUAUUGUUUUUAUGUCUUAAUUUAUAACCUUGUAUUUUAUGCAAUAAAUUUUGUAUUAUGCAUAUUCAAAAUGUAA